AACAAAUAUUUGUAAUGAACCUUUAACAAGUAAUAAUAAUAAUAGUAAUAAUUCGACAAUUUUUCAGAAUAGUAGACAUCUAUUAAAUGGCCAUGGAAUAUACAGCGUACAAGAAAUAGCAUCAUCCAAUAUUUAUCAAGUGCCUCAGUGUAAUAACAGUAACAUUCCACAAAUGAGUUCAAAUAAUAGUAGUAAUUUGAUUGCUAUACCAUUUUGUUAUCCUGGAGGAGUAACAUUCACAUUUCAGCAGGCGCCAUCAUGUCCUUGCCCUAGUCCGAAUGGCGUACAAACAACAGCGCAAUAUGUGCAACAACCCACGCAACAACUGCAACAACUACAACAACAACAACAGCAACGAUGCCAGCAACAACCUCCACAAAAUUGUAAUAAUAAUGGACAACAAAUUUCUCAGAUUGAUUAUUGCACACUUUUGAGACAAUUAGAACAACAUAUAAUAGAAAAAAUGAUGGCUCAAUCUCAACAACAAUGUAAAUCAUACCAAUUGCGAUUUCAUUGUAAUGCAGGAACGUCUACGUCAAGUUUAUUGUAUCCAUGUCAGGAGAAUUAUAAAACAACACAAACUGAAAUAGAAAAAACGAAAGAACGAGUAUGUAGAUGUAACUGCCCAACGCAAUUAUGUUGUUUGCAUUUUGAGACUAGUAAAACUACUGAAGCAGUUGGGACAGAGGAUCUGCAAUGUGAUAUCUUAGAAGAAACGAGGAAACCAUAAUUACAAGAAUGUUUGUUUAAAUAUCUCAAAGAUUGAAUCUUUUAAUCGGCAAAAAAAAAAGAACUUCUCAGUUAAAACAGUUUUGAAUAUUCGUUCUGCAUGGUACCAUAAGGGCAUUAAGAACUAUAAAACAACACAAACUGAAACACAAAAAUCAAAAAAACGAGAUUGUGGAUGUUUAACUGCCCACCAAAAUUAUGUAUACAUAUUGAGACUAGUGCAAUUACUGAAACAAUUGAACCC